AGUGGUUGUUGUGCCGGUACUGUUUUCCGGGGCAAAACUAUCUCCUGACGUGGGUAGUAGUAACCCAUGUUAUUCUCUCACAGGUUCUCGAGUGGUUGUCCCUGCCUACUGAACAAAGACCUGACUUUAUCUCCCUAUACUUCGACGAGCCAGACCGUCAGGGCCAUGCCACAGGACCCGACUCUCCUGAGCUGAACCAACAGCUUCAGCGAGUCGACAAACAGAUCUCCACUCUGAUGGCAGGUCUGGCCGAGAGAGACCUGCUACACUGUGUCAACAUCCUCCUGGUAGCCGACCACGGCAUGGCCAACGCAGAUCCAGACAAGGUCAUCAAGCUUGAACAGUACGUGCCAGAGAUCAGUGAGUUCGCUGACGUCUUCUUCGGCGCCUACGGCAGGAUCAGACUCAAGAAUCACGAGGAAGAUGUGCUGCUGAACCUGACGCAGCGGCUGUCGUGCCAGCUGCAGGGGAUGAGGGUGUUCCGUCUGGAGGACCUGCCUAAGAGACUCCACUACAGCAACAACAGACGUCUGGACCACCUGGUGUUGGACCUGGACCCUGGCUACAAUGUGCAAGACUUAAGACCCAACGUCAGUAAACGGCCUCCCGCUAAGGGCCAGCAUGGUUAUGAUUACUACAACGCUGAGAUGAAUGGGUUGUUCGUGGGUUACGGGGCAGACUUGCAGCAGGGGCUGCAGGUGGAACCCUUCCAGAACAUCGAAUUAUAUAACCUUAUGUGUAUCCUCGCCUCCGUCACCCCCGCCCCCAACAAUGGCAGCUGGGGAUCACUCCAUCACCUACUGGCUGACCCCCCAGCUCCUCCUGAGUCUAUCAAGGCAGUGGAGUCUCCUGCUGCUAGUUACACCAAGGAUGGUGCUGACACACCACACAACACUACUACUGGCUGCGCAGGUGAUGCUGGUGUAAUUCAGGAGUGGAUGACGUUGCUGGAACUGACAACGUCACAGCAGCAGCUGGCGGAGGAGAUUCACCUUCCCUGGGGAGUGCCUGUCUUCACAGCCUCGGAGAACUCCUCGUCCCCUGAGCUCACCCUUCUUCAUCACAUUACCCACGUCACAGGGUACUCGAAGGCACUGAAGGUGCCGCUGUGGACCAGCUUCACACUGCAGGAGCCGCCAAUGGAGACACCUGCCACUUCCUGGUCGAGCGACCCACGCUUGGCCCCUCACGACGCUGCUACCUGCCAAGACUACCUCACUGUAGUCAAUGUCACCAUGACUCCGCUCUUCCCACCCAGCCUGGCAGGGACCGAGAGUCACAUCUCGACCAGCAACACCACCUGGCACCAUCUGCCGUAUUUGGUGAGCAAUUCUGUGGGUAUGAGUGACCAACUGGCCGAGCGGUGGUGGCAGCUGGUGGGAGAGAUGAUUCCCGGGUGGUGGGUGAGCCAGGGUCUCCUCAACGUGGUGCUGGGUCCAGUGUACGACGCAGAUUAUGACGCUCUCCACGACCCCAUACACACUAUCGGGAUGCCCGCGCUGCCUACAGAUAUGUUCGCUGUAGUAACCCGCUGUGCUGACGUUGUGGCCUCGCUUAGCUUCUGUCCCCACCAGUCACUUGAUUCAAUGGCCUUCAUAUUCCCACAGUCACAACCUGUUGUUAACUGUCUGGCGGCCAGACGCUACGCUCAGAUGUUCAGUGCUAAGUUGCAUGACGUCGAGUUGGUCACCGGGCUCACUCUCUUCCCUAACCUGAUCUCCAGCGACCACCUCAGACUGGUCUUGAGGAUCCACUCAGACCUUUGGGAGUGAUGUACAUUACUGAUGGUCACCGGGCUCACUCUCUUCCCUAACCUGAUCUCCAGCGGCCGCCUCAGACUGGUCGUGAGGAUCCACUCAGACCUUUGGGAGUGAUGGACACUACUGAUGGUUACUGGGUUGACCUGCCCUCAGCUAAACCAUACCACCCCUAGGCUCCAGGACCGCCGCACAUUGGUCGUUAAGUCGAUAAUUCAUCUUUAAGAACAUAAGAAAGGAGGAACACUGCAGUAGGCUUGUUGGCCCAUACUGGCCAGGCCCAUUACAAAUCCAACCUACUAAAUGAUCCAGUCGGAUUUAACGGCCUUUUGUAAAUAUAAUAAUAACUUUAAUAAUGUACUCACAAACAUCCAUAAAAAAACUUUUAAACAAUAAUAGAUACCCACCAGUGUAAAUACUCCAUGGCUCUCGUUAUGAGAGCACUUAUUGAUUUUAAUUAGUUCUCGCUGCACGACUUGCGUGUCUCUUGUAUGUAGAAGUUACUUAAAGCAGAGCAGGUCAGAGGAUAUGCUAGUCAGAUACAGUGCACUUACUACGACGGAAGGACAAUUGCUUGUAGCCAUGGUGACACCGACUGUAUGUGGAUAAAGAUAUUUAUGCACAGUUCAGAUACAUUAAUUCAAGUAACGUUUCGCCACGCUUGGCUUCUUCAGGUCUGGACAAGCCAAUCGUGGCGGUUUCAUCAUUGUUCUGAAAUGUGCUUCAGUCUUUGUCCAUGUGUUUUAAACCCUCCAGUUUUGGUCCUUGAAUUAAAUAAAAUACGAAGAUAUGCUGGGAUGUGCAGAGAAGAGCCACCAACCUCGAAUCUUCGCUAAGAAACAAACCUAACGAAGAAAGAUUCAGAGCAAUAAACCUGUUUUCCACUAGGAAGGGAUCAGAAACUAUGAGAUCUCAUUUACACCUUUAGAUACUAAACAAAUAUAUAUAACACUGAAAUACGAAGGACAACUCGAAGCGCGAAGCGAUUUAAAUGACGCCAAAUAUCGGCAUGAAACCUCAAGGCAAGUAGUGCAGUGAAAAAUGUGUUUAUAAGUUGUCUUGCACUCAAAGAACGCUUGAACACACUGUUCUUUAGAGAUGUGACCGCAGAAAAAAUACAUUUCUUUGUGAACCUGUAAGUCAAACACUUUGUAAAUGUCCGAUCCAUCUCGAUACAAUACAUGGGCUGACUUCAGCCACUGGAACUCUGAUGUUUGUUCAUGGACUACCCAGGAUGACUGGUUGACCAUGGACCACCUUCGACAUGAUAGUAGUGGUAGUAAAAAUAGCAGUGCCGGAUUUAGGUGGAGGGGGGCCUGGGACCCAGUUUGGUGUAGGGUCCCUUUUAAGUUUCUCCUUGGAAAACUUUCGCCAUUCCCAAUAUUCGUACCAUCCUCUUAAGAUGCAGAAAUGAAUCAAUAAAGUGAAUUUAUAGUAUAUUUUAGCAACCUAUCGGUUUAUUUGCAUGUGUAACACAAAAGUAAUGUACAGACUUAUGAGGAGUUAUCUUCAAUCAGAUAAAAUAUAAGCUAUGUACAUUCUGUGCUUUUCUGAUGGAAAAGUCUCUGAUGACUCCAUCAAAAUCCAACGAGCGCAGGAUGUCAGAUUCUAUGCUCAUGACCUUCAGGGUCACAAGCCGCCCUUGCUUCAUGCUCGUUCGUAGCCGGUUCUCACUACCACACUAUUGUUCACAUACUGACCACGAUCAAGCAGUCAUUCAUACUGCAGUGCCCUGCACACCCAGGAUGAUGUGCUGUGAAUCAUCCUCUAGUCAUGCAGCUGAUGACACUCUCGUACCUUUGAUGUAACACCAGCGAUCAGACGACUCAACAUGACACUCCCACCACAAUUCAAACUCUUGCAUACAUUUUCUCUUUUUGCGAUCUAUUCAGUUCUCAGUAUAAUGUGUGUCAUAAUAUUUUUCAUCACUUGGUGGAGAGCCCCUUCUGGUUGGGGCCCGGGGCCCCUCCCCUAAACCGGCCCUGAUAAAUAGUAAUAGUGGUAGUGGCAGCAGUAGUUGUAGCAACAGCAGUGUAAGUUCAAUUUCAAAUUUCCUAUAUAGUAUGUAUGCACAUUCUUCAUUAUGCAAUAGUAAUUUUCUUCACCUACGGUUUUCAAGGUGGCGAUGUGAUCAGCUACGCUGUACUUGAUUACUAUAUAGUCUUGAUGUAGACCUUAAGGUCAUCUGCUAUGUGCCCUUACAUUAUAAACACACACACUUUCUUCCUCACAGAUUACUAAGGCAACAUUGCAGACUGUAUAUCAUUUAUUCUUUAUAUUACUUUUUUUUGUAAAUAAACAUAAAUUAAAACGUG